CAGUCCAGGGUGGUGAGGGCUGGUGCUCAAGUCUGUCACCUGGCGUUGCUGCCUCAGUAGCUGUGUACACCAGCCAUGUGCUCGCCCCAGUUUGUGGGAGUAUGCCUCAUUCUAGGACAGAGGUCCUGUCCCAAAUGCCUGUGGCCUAUGAAUGCAACCCGUGUAAUCUAUGGAUGCAUUUCCUAUAAGCCGGGUGUCUUGGGCUGUCCUGGUGACCCUGCAUGUUUUGUUUUGCCUGCAUAUGAGAUGUGUUUCAGUCUGUCCAGCUUUGACACAAAUGCUCUGUAAUAUAAUAUACGUCCCCUGCUGUCCCAUGUGUGACACAAACCUUCUGUAUCUGACUGGCUCAUGUGUCAAAAAGACAGUGCCUUAGGGUCCAGGGCUAAGUGUGGUCACAUCCCAGCCAGGUGACCAAGCUUGUCCUUUGGCUGAGACCAUACCUGCGGGGGGCUGUGUGCCCAGCUCCGCCAUCCUGCGUGCCGGCUCUGCGAGGCACUCUUGUGGGAUGUCUGUCCAGCCCAGUCUUGCGGCAGCCUCACGGCCCUUCUUUCCCCAGUCUGGGGCCUGGGCUGGGAGACAGCUGAAGGUGAUUGGGAAAUGCAGCUCUUUGGGGCUGGCAAGCAGGGUUUCUGCUGCUUAGACCUUGGAGAGCCUAGCUGGUGGAGGCUGUAGGAGGCCUGGUCUCCCUGAGUGCCUGCCUCUGCUGGGCUCCUGAGGCCAGUGGGAUUGUGCUUUGUGCUUUGAGCUUCCUCUGGAGAGUGUGGUUCACAUGUGUGUCCCCUGGGUGUCUGAGGGCUUGAUCUGGGUCUGUUGUCUCCCGCUUGCCCACGUGCCUGGAGAGCAGCUUGGUGUGGGUGUGCAUGUGUACAGCCCACGUGUUUGUGCCUGUGUGUCUACGCAUUUCUGAGCACGUACCUGUGUCUGUGUGUUCACCCAUGUGCCUGUUUGGGCAUCCAUGUGUGUUUGUAGACAUCUGAGUCUGUGAAUCCCUGAGUGUCCUGAGUGGAUUCUGGUCAUGCUCCGUGUCCCCACACAUGUCCCUGAGGUGGCUGCAGUGAAGAUGCAGAGAUAAGCUCUGGGGUAUAUGUUGGGACACUGUGUCCCGGGGCAGCUCCAUAUUCUCCUUAUUUGCCAGGUAUCCUAGCGACACUGCUGCCAGUCGCCUAGCAACCAGGUCCCCGUCCUUGGAGACAGAUGUUCUGAGCAGGGUCUGGGCUGUGUGGGUAGAGCCUGUGUAGAAAGGACGACCCCACGACUGCGUGGGACUGGCGGCUCAGCUCAGGGGUCACCUACACAGCAUGUGGUCCCCGUGCUGGAAGGAGGUACUCCGUGGCAGCUGCUCAGUGGCAUGGGUGUUUGGGGCUCAGGCUGUCAGGCUCAGAUGUUGCUCUGGGAGAGACACCAAAGUGACAGACAGACCUGGGUUUUAACCCUGCCUCUGCCAGUUGGAGAGAUGGCUUCACCCCUCAAGGCUUAGGGCUCUUGUCUGCACCAGAAUGAUGCUGAUUGCAAUGGCCGGGUGCCGUGGGGCUCGGUGAGCUCAUGUUCCUGAGGGCACAGGGGGCACACAGUAGUGUCCAGGCAUCCCGCUUGUUUACCCCAACCUCUGAUCAACUCAGGGCUGGCCAGCAGGGCCCUGUCCCGUGUCCAUCUGCCCACUUGGCUGAGCUCCCGUGGGAGCUGGCUGGAGGGUGCUGUUCUGGGCACAGAAUGCCAACCAGGGCUGGCCUACAUCCAUCCAUGGCGGUGUCUGCUUCCCAGCGUGUCUUGCUUGCCACGUCCCUGAGUCUGUGUCCCGGGUGUCUGCUCUGCCUCUGUGCCAUGUCUUUGAGUCUCUUUUGUCCUGUGUGUGUCUGUCUCAGGUGCCCGUCCCUGAGUCUCCAUGUAUCCUUAUGUGUGUCUGUCCCGUAUGUCUGUCCCUGAGUGUCCGUGCAUCCUUGUGUCUCUCUGUCCUUAUGGGCCUGUCCCUGAGUCCCUGUGUGUCCAUGUGUGUGAGUCUGUCCCUGUGUCCCUGCAUCCUGUGUCACAGCCUGUCUCUGUCAUUCAUCUCUAGGUGUGUGCCCUGGUCCUUGCCUCUGUCCCCUUUCAGCGUUGGGCCAGUGACCCCCUUCCCUGCGGCCCCCGCCUCCAGCCUGCUUGGCCCCUCCCCCUCUGGCGCAGCCGCCUCCUCCCCCGCCCCAGAAUCUGCGCUAGGCUGCUGCGUCUGGUCUGGCGUCUGCUGAGAAGGAGCCGCAGCCCCAUCUAGACGCGGUGCCAGGCAGAAGCGGGUGCCUGCUGGGCUCUGUCAGCCACGGAGGGUCAGGGUCUCCAGGGUCCCAGCUCCCACAGAGGCUGCCGAGGUACUGAGUGGCUUCGCACACAGGGCAGUGGCAUGGAGUCUCUCUUUCCUGCUCCAUUCUGGGAGGUCCUCUACGGCAGCCACCUGCAGGGCAAUCUGUCCCUCCUGAGCCCCAACCACAGCCUGCUGCCCCCCCACCUACUGCUCAACGCCAGCCGCAGCGCUUUCCUGCCGCUUGGGCUCAAGAUCACCAUUGUGGGGCUCUACCUGGCCGUGUGUGUCGGGGGGCUGCUGGGGAACUGCCUCGUCAUGUAUGUCAUCCUCAGACACACCAAGAUGAAGACAGCCACCAACAUCUACAUCUUUAACCUGGCCCUGGCAGACACUUUGGUGCUGCUGACCCUGCCCUUCCAGGGCACAGAUGUCCUCCUGGGCUUCUGGCCAUUCGGGAACGCCCUGUGCAAGGCGGUCAUCGCCAUCGACUAUUACAACAUGUUCACCAGCACCUUCACCCUGACUGCCAUGAGCGUGGAUCGCUAUGUGGCCAUCUGCCACCCCAUCCGCGCCCUGGACGUCCGGACAUCCAGCAAGGCCCAGGCUGUCAACGUGGCCAUCUGGGCGCUGGCCUCCCUUGUUGGCGUUCCUGUUGCCGUCAUGGGGUCGGCACAGAUCGAGGAUGAAGAGAUUGAGUGUCUGGUGGAGAUCCCCACCCCACAAGACUACUGGGGUCCUGUUUUUGCUGUCUGCAUCUUCCUCUUCUCCUUCAUCAUCCCCGUGCUGAUCAUCUCUGUCUGCUAUAGCCUCAUGAUCCGGCGGCUGCGUGGCGUUCGCCUGCUCUCCGGCUCCCGCGAGAAGGACCGGAACCUGCGGCGCAUCACACGGCUAGUGCUGGUGGUGGUGGCCGUGUUUGUGGGCUGCUGGGCACCUGUCCAGGUCUUUGUGCUGGUUCAGGGGCUGGGCGUCCAGCCGGGCAGUGAGGCUGCUGUGGCCAUGCUGCGCUUCUGCACAGCCCUUGGUUAUGUAAACAGCUGCCUCAACCCCAUCCUCUAUGCCUUCCUGGAUGAGAACUUCAAGGCCUGCUUCCGGAAGUUCUGUUGCACACCCACCCUGCGCCGGGAGAUGCAGGUGUCUGGCCGUGUGCGCAGCAUUGCCAAGGAUGUGGCUCUUGCCUGCAAGACCUCUGAGACAGUGCCACGGCCUGCAUGACUAGGCGUAGACCUGCCCAUGGUGCCCGUCAGCCCGCAGAGCCCCACACCCAACACGGAGCUCACCCAGGUCACUGCUCUUUAGGCUGACAUGCAACCUGAGCCCCGAGUGUCACCAGCCUCGUUGCCUUCUCUGGGGCCCCACAGGGCUCAGUGACAUCACGGGACAGGUCAGAGCGUCAGGGCUGCUCCCAUGGGGCCGGUCAGAUUAAAGCUGUCUUCCUGAUGCGGGAUGGGGAGGGGCACAAGGACUCACUAGUGAGCAUGCCCGGCCAGAGCCCACCAACAUGCCCCAGCUUCAUGGGACACUUCUGGCCUCUCCCUGCUGCACCUUGCGUGCUCUGGGUGGGCACUUGCCUGGAGGUAUAACAGCAGCAUAUACGCUGUGCUGGGUGCUGUCGGCACAGAGCCCCGAAGCCUCUGCUCUGAGCAGCUGGAAGAGCCUAGUGCUGCCUGGGUGCCAGCAGGCAUCUCUGGGCAGUGGGACUUUUGCCUGUGCCUCAUGCUGCCCCCUAUCCUCGUCCCCCACCCAUGCUUCCCUUCAGAGUCUUCUCAGCAAACCUCUUCCAACAGCCGCAAACGUGGCUGCCCAGGUAUGGGAAGGUGGUUCAUACCUGGGGGGCUCGGGAUGGAGCCUGUGUGACCACUGAGGGCCACUCCAUCAUUCUCCAAGUGGCCCUACGUGCCUAGUCUUGGCCGUUCAGUCCUGGGGGGCUCUGUGCUCUGUCUGGCGGUCCCGUGCCCCCCUCGGGCUCUCCCUCUCACUUUUCCUUUCCUUGAAAUCAGAGGCCAGAAGCUAUGCAGUCGGCAAGACUCUGUGCCCUGUUUGGACCCUGUGGCUUUGGAAGGGUGGCAGUGAGGACAGGUUCUGCCCUGCACCCCUAGUGACUGACACCCAGCUUCAUCACAAGCCUCUCGAUGUCUGCGGGAGGCCUGACCUCCCUGCUGCCUGGACUUGUCUUAAAUGGUGCCAGUCGGGAGAUGGUUUCACGUGGGCACUGGUGUGCGGAGUGAGGUUUGGCAGGGCCUUCUGCGAGGACUGGGCCGCACACACUUCGGGUGCGAGUCCCUGCUGUGGCCGCCAGGGAAGCACCUGCCCUGGCCACAGAUGGAACCUGCAGGCUGCUGAGUUUGCAGAUGGAUGCCUGGGAACCUGCAACACUGAAGAUCGUGGUGCCUCCACCUGUAAGCUCAGGCCGCGGCCAGGCGACCUAAGUCACUGGCAGCAAAUAGGAGGUGCUGACUUGGGCUGGCUUCUCCUGCUUCGGGGAGCCUGGCCCUGUGGGGUUGUUCCUGAGACAGCUGUCUUAUGCUUCCUGCGGUUGGAGGCUUUGCCAGGGCAGCAAGAGCUGCUGUGUUUUCUUGCCAAAACUGAGAGAUUUGUGAAUUUGUGCUGUUACAACACGUAUCUUUAUGUAUUUAUGCAUGUGACAAGUGUGAGAUCCCCUGCACGUGACCAGCCCUGAUCCUGUCUCCAGGGGUCACAACGGAGGGCCAUAAUAAACCCCUGCCUGCUGACCAGGGUGCA